AUGGCUGCAGCAGGAGAGUCCUUCGUGUGGACGUGGGGUGGCUACGGGGGGGACGCGGGGUUAAAAAGCGCCUUUGGGUGCCGUUUCCCCACGUCGUGCGUGGGACGAGGUGCCCCGGGCUCGGGCCGUGGGUGGGCCCAGAGUCCCCCCGUCCCCGCCGUCCGUCCGUCCGCCCCCCCGUGCCCGCGGGACCACUCUCCGCAGCAAAACUUCGCGGGUGCCCGGAGGGCGCGGGACAGGCCCGAGCGGAACGGCCGCCGCCGGGAAAAACACGGCCCCGACGUCCGUGACCCCUUCUUCUCCCUCUCCCUGGCUGCAGGAGGUGGUGGCAAGAGGAAAGGCAGGAGCAAGAAGUGGAGGGAGAUCCUGCGGUUCCCCCACAUCAGCCAGUGCGAGGAGCUGCGCAGGAGCCUGGAGCCCGAGUACGGCAGCCUGUGCCAGAAGCAGCCCAUCGGCCGGCUGCUCUUCCGGCAGUUCUGCGAGACGCGGCCGGAGCUCCUGCGCUGCAUCCGCUUCCUGGACGCCGUGGCGGACUACGAGCUCUCCCCGGAUGAGAAGCGGAAGGAGAUGGGGGAGGAGAUCAUCCGCCGCUUCCUCAAGCAGGAGUCCCCGGAUUUCCUGCCCGAGGUGGGGCAGCCCCACGCCAGCCGGUGCCUGCAGGACCUGCAGAAGAGCCCCUGCAAGGACCUCUUCAGUAGCUGCCUGUGCUGCCAGGUGCGGGCCACGGGGAAGAUGUACGCCUGCAAGAAGCUGGAGAAGAAGCGGAUCAAGAAGCGGAAAGGGGAGGCCAUGGCCCUGAACGAGAAGCAGAUCCUGGAGAAGGUCAACAGCCGGUUUGUGGUGAGCCUGGCGUACGCCUAUGAGACAAAGGAUGCUCUUUGCCUGGUGCUGACCAUCAUGAACGGCGGCGACCUCAAGUUCCACAUCUACAACAUGGGCAACCCCGGCUUCGAGGACGAGCGCGUGGUCUUCUACGCGGCAGAGAUCUGCUGCGGGCUCCAGCACCUGCACCAGGAGGGCAUCGUCUACCGGGACCUGAAGCCGGAGAACAUCCUGCUGGAUGACGAUGGCCACAUCAGGAUCUCCGACCUGGGGCUGGCUAUCAAGAUCCCUGAGGGCGAGACCAUCCGUGGCCGCGUGGGCACCGUUGGCUACAUGGCCCCGGAGGUGAUCAACAACGAGCGCUACACCUUCAGCCCCGACUGGUGGGGCCUGGGCUGCCUGGUGUACGAGAUGAUCGAGGGGCAGUCGCCCUUCCGCGCCCGCAAGGAGCGGGUGAAGCGGGAGGAGGUGGAGAAGCGGGUGCAGGAGGACCAGGAGCCCUACUCGGACAAGUUCAGCGAGGACGCCCAAGCCAUCUGCAAGAUGCUCCUGGCCAAGGACCCCAAGCAGCGGUUGGGCUGCGGGGCCGAGGGGGCGGCCGAGGUGAAGCGUCACCCCUUCUUCAGGAGCAUCAACUUCAAGCGCCUGGAGGCCGGCAUCAUGCCCCCCUCCUUCGUGCCGGACCCCCGGGCAGUUUAUUGCAAGGACGUGCUGGACAUCGAGCAGUUCUCCACGGUGAAGGGCGUCAACCUGGACCAAACCGACAACGAUUUCUACGCCAAGUUCGCCACCGGCAGCGUCCCCAUCCCCUGGCAGAACGAGAUGAUCGAGACCGAGUGCUUCAAGGACCUCAACGUGUUUGGACCCAACGGGACGCGCUCCCCGGACCUGGACUGGAGGCAGCUGCCCGAGCCCCCCAAGCGCAGCCUCUUCCAGAGGCUCUUCCGACGACACCCGGCCGACUACACCAUCGGCACCACCAUCCACCCCCCUGCCCCGGCCGCCGUGAACUCGCACCCUCCCCCGGCCAACGCUGCCUGUCGGGCCCCGGCACCCUCCUGACCCCCCUCACCGUCCCGGGGGAGCCCCCAGCCCCCCCAGUGCCCUCUCAGGGUUAUUUGGGGUCCCCGGGGACACUGGCAGGGACCGACACUGCUGCCGGCGUGGGCAGGGAGGGAUGGAGGGGCAGGAGCGGGGUCUGUCCCCCCCCAUCCCCAGCA